AUGCCCUAUGUUAUUGGAAAUAAGCAGGCCAUUGAAGAUGACACGGUCCAGCUGGAAUUUGGAUCUUUGGAAGUUUUCUGCAGUGCGUCAUCCGAACGAAAAGCCGAGCCGGUGUUACGUCGAGCCGCGUUUCCCCACAUUUAUUUGAAUGUUUCCGAUGAAGACAACCACGAAUACACAGGUGCCACAGGUCUCCAGAAUUCUGAGGACACCAGCUCAGACCAACUCCACAUUAUAAAAAUUGAAGAUGAGCCAGUGGAAUUGUCAUCCCUUCAUCACAAAACCGUGACUGAAGAGACCAGAACAGACAUUAGAGAAGAACCAGUUGUAGAGGCUCCAACAGUGAUUACAUUGGGCAACAUGUCGGUGCCACUACUGGAAGUAAAAAAGGAGGAGUGGGAUUCUGAGAUCACGGACGAAAGUGAUUCCCCUGAAGACGACCAAGAAACUACGGGUGGAAAACGGAGAUCCAAGGUUUGGGAUCAUUUUGAUCUUCUUCCACCUAACAAGGUGCGGUGUUUGCUGUGCACUCAAAUAUUGUCUUACACAAACAAUACUUCAUCCAUGUUGAGACAUGUGCGCGCCAAGCAUGAUGUCUGCCAGCAGCAAUUGGUCCAUAACGACAAUGGACAUUCAAGCGUGUCCAAAAAGAAGAUGCUGGAUGAUGCAAUUGUGGACAUGAUCAUUAGAGAUGGCCAACCUUUCACUGUGAUGAAACCCCUCCACAAGCUGCAGCAGACGCCUCAAGUGUAA